UUGUCUUCUAGAUUACGCUACUUUGUUCACUCGACAAAACAAACAUCCAAACUCCUGAAAAGAUAAAAUUUUGUUGAUAAUAACACAAUUGGUUCAAAAAACUGGAAUGAAAUUUGAUUUUGACCGUUAAUGCAAAGAUUUAAGACCAAUAUCAGUUCAAAAUCAACUUUUGAUUGCGAUAUGAAGCAACUUUGAAGAUAGAGAGUGAAUAACUUCGAGGGAGCCCUUCUGAUAGCCGGAAGGUAGUAAAAAUUCAAUCACGUUUACAAUGGUACUGCGUGAGUUAUAGCCCUACUUACCCUCUUAUUUUGUCUAUUGCCUAGUAAUACAAUUUUGAAAAUGGAUCGCCUUUCUUUGGCCAAAUACCCUUAGGGGCUAAGUUAUCUUCACUAUUAUUAUCAAUUCCUCUCAAAACUCAGCACAAAUUGACAAGCAAAUCUGACCGCAGCUAUUAAAUGAGAGGAAGUAAAUAAAAUUAGUAGUAUUGAAGUUAGUAGCAAUAGCAGAGCGAGCAAUGGAGGGAACCACUUACGGGGCUUUUAAAAAGGACCAAUUGGAUCAAAAAAUGGCUGAAAAAUUGGAUCAGAAACAGGAUCCGUCCUACGCAAUUGGGAGCGCGUCUCAGUUGCCGCCUAAAUUCGAAUACUUCGUAGGAAUCCGAGGUGCUGGACCUGGCGGUGGAUCUGGCACACUGAAGAAACUUUCCGACUUCAGCUCUGUGGGUGGGGGCAACGAGGGCGAUUCAGGAAUAGACCUCACCCACAUUGUACUUGGAGGCAACGCUUGGCUUAUAAUUUUUGGGCUUAUUGGUGGAUUUGUGUUCACACUCUACAUAGUGUGUUACUUCAAGAAGGGCUGCUCACUUUAUGAGAGCAGAAAAAGAGCGAGGGAACUUAGAAUCCGAAGACUGGCCGCUGAGACAGAACAACGAUUCAAAAACCUGGGAACAGUAAUCAGGUUCAUAGAAACAAUUGAAAAACGAUAUGGAGUCAAACUUCACCAAGAACCAGAUCCAAUGGCUACAACUCAAGCUUUCAAAAGGUCAACUUCAAACAAUACGACUUUUACGAGCACUAAUACACCCUCAAUUUCUAAGUCACAAUCGAUGGAUUUUCAACAGAUUCGACACGAAAACGAACAUCAAAAUUUCUUCAGAAUCGAAAUGAACAACUUUUCUACACGUUUGAACAAAGUGAACAAAAACAAACGCAAGCAGAACAUCAUCGUUGACAGAAAAUCUUCGCUUAGUGGCAUCAAUUUAAGAAAAAAUAGCAUAAAAAUAUUGCAUCAAGCUGACAAAAACGAGAAGUUACUGAAGUUUUCACCAAUAGAUGCGCAUAGUAGCCUGAUGUCUCACGAAAUGGCGAUGGUUUCAAAAGAAUGCAAUUCUCGGAAAACGAGUAAAAAUGGACCCCCAAGUAGAGCUGUUGGAAAUUAUACUCUUCGUUUUGAUUUAGAAAAAAUGAACCGAGAACGUCAGAGGAAAACUUAGGGUAUAUGAGUCAACGUGUUUAAAAAACAACAUAUUUUAUAGAAAAAAACUUCAACGCUUUGACUAGAUUCAGGUCCAGAUUUAUGCGUGCAGGGAGAAGGAUUUUGUUGGAGCUUUUUGUUUGGAAAACUGUGGGUAAGGAGCUUUGUU